AUGGGAAAUUUGAAACGGAGAAGGGCCCCAACUGUUGGAGGAAGAAGACGAACUGGAUGUCUGUGUUGCAGAAAAAGAAGAAUUAAGUGUGAUGAAACCAAACCAUCAUGUUUAAAAUGUAUUAAGUCAUCAUAUAAGUGUGUCUGGCCUACAAGAAAAAAAUCACUUUCACACAUAAAUCAGUUUCAGCUUGAAAAGAAUAGAAAGAGAGCAAUAGGAUUUGUCAAUAUUAAUACAAAAUCUGCAGUAACAUAUUCCUCGAAUUCACCUUAUAAAAGUGAUGCUUACCGAUCCUGGGUUCGUUUCACCAAAAAUCCGAAUUCCUACAAAGGAAUUAAUGGUAAGAGCCAUGAUACAAAGUUGAUUGAUGUGAAAAAAGAAUCUGAAUUUGAUUUGCUAUUCCGCAAAUAUCUUAGUGAUGUUAAUGGCCGUUACUUCAAGUUAUAUCUGAAUUGUGGAAACUUUGGGACAUACGUAAUUGGUUCAAAAAUGAAUCAUAUAGAAAUUAAACUUUUUGAUGCUUUUUCUAGAGGUUUCCUUGUGGAAGUGACCCCAUUGUUAGCUGAUCAUCAUCUCCUUCCAGGAUCGAUUACUCUCCCCCUUGGAGUGAACAAUCCCAUAUUAAGGCAAAUAUUUUAUACUUGUGGUGCAUUCUUUCUGUCAUUAGGUGCUAAGGAAUUCGUUCCCGUUUCUAAAGACUAUUUAGCAAAAAGCAUAUUUAUUGUCAAUUGCUUUUUAAAAGACUUUCCGGUGUUUGGAAAUGAAGACUGGCUUAUGAUAGUCUCGUUAUGUUUCCAUUUUGUAUUACAGUUUCUCGGAGAAAGUAUGCAAGGUAAAACGGCUAACAUUUCCCUGUGCUUACGAACGAUUUACAUACUUGGAAGUAAAGUGAGAAAGCAUGGAAAGAGAAGAAACUCUGGUGAUUUUGUUGAUAUGACUAAUUGGCUGUCAGAGCUUCAAAAGACAACACAAUUUGCCCACUUAAAUAGUCUCGGCCAUGAAAACUGGGAUUACAAUUCACAGCUAUCUCAGGUCAGAAGACUCAUUAACAACAUUGGAUUAAAGUUAAACUUACAGUAUGGUGCUCAUGCUCAUGACCUGAAUUUUAAACCUGUUCGCUCACAUCACAACCAACUAAAUGAUUUGCCAUCUCUAACUUUGACUGAGUCAGGUUUCGUCAGUUGUAUUCAAAAGACUGUGUCAGAAAGUUUUCUCUAUAAUUACACCAUCAAUCUUUUUGGAUGUGGAUCCAAUAUAAUUGACAAGAUUGCGUCGCCAUUUGAGAUUUUUGAUCUAUAUAGAAACAUUUUAGCUUACAGGGUUUCUAAAUCAUCUAUUCCAUGGAUGAACAAUCCAAUUAUGGGAGCCUCGUUGGAUUCAUUUGAAAUAGCUGCAAAAACUAACUGGCUAGCUGCACACUUCCCCCUUGACGUCAAUAACCAGAAAAUAGCGGGUGAAUUAUUAAGAAAUGCACAAUUUUAUUGUCAGCCACUCCUUCCAUCGAAACCGCUAAAUAAUGAGCCAACAGAAGUGCUAAGUCGAAUCACUGAAAGUUGUUAUUUUGCAGAUAUGGUUGCCAAAGCAUGUUUCAUUUUUUUAAGCAAGCUUCUAAACCCUUCUUUAAAGAACAGUGAUUCGUCAAUACAGGCUGCUUUGAAUCGAUUUCUGGAAAAUUUAUCAAAUAUCACUAUUCAAAGCCGGAUAUCGUCUAUUUGUAUUUGGCCAAUGGUAGUUGCUGGGUCUGCGGCAUUGAACAUACAGCAAAAAAAUUACCUACUAUACAGACUUCGUAAUUUUGAAGAUUGCGUCCGAUUUGGGGAUAUGAGGACAGCCUCUAGAUACCUAGAGAGAAUUUGGGAUAGUUCAAUUGGUCUGAACUCACUACUUGAUUAUCAUAUUAGGAAGACUCUUUUUGAUUAUGCUUAG